ACUUCUCUUCUCACUCGCGCGAAGAAGCCUCGCGUCUCAAGCUGCCGACCUCAUGGCGACCUCCUCAUCCUUCUUCUCCACCCCCUCCUCCUCCUCCACCUCCUCAUCCUCCACCUCCUCCACCGCAGCCUUCGAGGCGCCGCUGCCUCUGAUCGUGACGGACAGAGAUGGCAAAUUCGUGCUGGUGCCCGAGACGGCAGCGGCGGUGUCGCGCCUCGUCACGGGGCCCGUGGUGGUGGUGGCCGUGGUCGGGAGGUACCGCACGGGGAAGUCGUUCCUCAUGAACCGCCUCGCGGGGACCAACUCCGGCUUCUCCCUGGGCUGCACGGUGCAGUCUCACACCAAGGGCAUCUGGGUCUGGCCCAGACCACAUCCACUGCACCAGGACAAGUGGCUGCUGCUGCUCGACACCGAGGGCCUGGGAGACGUGGCGGCGGACGGAAAGACACACGACACGUGGCUCUUCGUGAUGGCCGUGCUGCUGAGCACCACGCUGGUCUACAACGUCGUGGGCACGCUCGACAAGGAAGGCCUCGAGCAGCUGCACUUCGUGGUGAACAUGACGGACCACGUGAGGACGCGGGUGAACCAGGACGAGGACGAGCGCGGAUUGGACUUCGAGCACUACUUCCCCCCGUUGGUGAUCUGCGUGCGCGACUUCACGCUGAAGCUGCUCAUCGACGGAAAGCCGUGCUCGGCCGACGAGUACAUGGAGCACUGCCUGCAGAUGCGCAAGAAGGGCAAGACGCCGGUCUGCCGACAGUUCAACGACCAGAGGCAGCUCAUCUGCGAUUAUUUCAAGGAUCGGAAGUGCUUCAUGUUUCCAACGCCGACGCGCCGGGAGAACUUGGAGUUCAUCGAGAAACUCCUGGACGAGAGCCUCGACCCGGAGUUCCUGACGACGGCUGAGGAGUUCGCGGACCACGUGCUGGGACGAGCCACCAGCAAGCACAUCGACGGCGCCAUCCUCACCGGCCAAUCCUUCGUGCAGCUGGCGGAGCAGUACGUGACGGCGCAGCGCAACGGCGCCGUGCCCUGCAUCGAGAGCGCCCUGGAGCAGGUGAUCACGCUCACCAACCUGCAGGCUAAGAAGGAGGCGCUGGCCCUCUACCGCGAGAGGACGGCCGUCGCCGUGACGGUGGACGAGCUGACGCCACUCCCCACAGCGGAGGAGCUCGUCAGCCUGCACCAGCGUGGAGCACAGGACGCCGUGGAUUUGUUCCACGAGCGCUCGCUGCUCGACAGGGAGCUCAAGCACGAGGAGGAGCUCAUGGACACCCUGGCCAAAGAGUACCUGAAGUUGGUCAAAGAGAACAAGGAGGCCUCGGCGCUGCGGUGCGAGCGGCGCCUGCAGGAGCUGUUCGAGCCGAUCCGAGUGAAGGUGCAGCAGGGGGAGGACGAGGCCUCUGUAAAGCCAGGGGUUUUCCUGGAGUAUGAGGGCCUCAUGGAGAAGCUGAGGGAUGCCUACCGCGCCACACAAGGCCUGGGAGACGAGAAGGAAAACCAGCUCGCGGUCUUCAUGAAGAGCAAGGAGGAAGGGAGGCAUAACCUGCUGCUGCUGGACAAGACCGUCACACUGAGGGAGAGGGAGCGCUUCGAAAAGGAAGCCAUGGAGCUGAAGAUGGAGCUCGAGAAGAAAGCACGUGAGGCGGAAAAUGAUCAGCAGCGAGCGCACAUGCAAGCCUUCGAGGAGCAGAUGAAGGCCAAUGAAAGGGCUCGCGAAGAGAAGUGGAGACACAUCGAGCUGAUGACAGCGAUGAAGGCGAACGCUUCCACGAGCAAACCCGACAAUCCGUUCAAGCAAUUCGCCAAAGCUGUGCAGCCCAUGCUGACGGAUCUCUUCCACCUUUUGCAAUUGCGCAGUGUUUCGAAGUAAUAGGAGCGCAAGGGCGUCCCCUCGAUACACGGAGCAGAAAGGUUCCAGCGACGUUGCCCGUUUAAAAAAAAGAGAGAAAGUCAGCAAAUUCCAACUCCGAUUUUCCCCGUCGACUCUCGUCGUCGUAUAAUUGGAGGUGCGUUCCUUUGGGAAAGCAUUCCGACCCCAAGGCCUACCAAGUACCAGUAAAGCCACACUUUAGAGUGCGGCGUUUUUUUUGUAAAGCAAAUAUAAUAGAACGUCGAUCAAUUUAUGAGGAAAUGAUACUCAAAAUAAGUCGCGAAAUAAAAAAGAAUGUACUGGUGGUCCAGAUGUCUUGUGACGCACAUUAAUUCUCUAAAACAAAAAAUUAUAUGCAAAGGAAAUAGCAUUUUACGGUUGAAUUAAUUGGUGGGUCACAAUACAUCUGGACAACUGUAGGUGAUAUGAAACGCGAGGAUUUCCCCCCCUCCC